AUGUCAAUCCAUACAAGUGAUUAUGUAUUCGUAACAUUAUUAGGACAAGGCACUUUUGGAUCUGUUUACUUAGUACGACGGAAGAAAGAUUCUAAACCGUUCGUAAUUAAGGAACAAAUUCUUAACAAUAUAAACUCUUUGCCCUUUGAGAGCAUAUUAGAAGAAGUCCAAUGUUUAUAUACAUUGAGACAUCCUAAUAUAGUAGCCUAUUAUGGUGCUUGGAUAGAAGACAAUCACAGUUACAUUCUUAUGGAAUAUGCAACGCGGUGUACUCUGAAGGAUUUACUAGAAAGAUACGAGGCACCACUCAAAGAAGAAGAUGUGCUAUAUUUAUUUUCUCAAAUCGUUCUUGGAGUUCAUCACAUUCAUUUCAAAAAGAUCCUUCAUCGAGAUUUGAAACCGGAAAAUAUAAUGUUAACCGGAAGUCGUGGUGAUAUUGUAAAGAUUGGAGACUUUGGCGUGUCGAAAAAUUUUAAAGAAUUAAAAAAUUCAUCGAUCGUGUGCUGCGCUGGAUCAUUUUGUUAUAUGGCUCCAGAAAUGUUGAAGGGUCAAUCUUACGAUCUUAAAUGCGAUAUAUGGAGCAUGGGUAUUAUUCUUUAUGAAAUGGUUACGAAAAGUCAUCCCUUCCCUGCUAGGACUUUAACAGAUAUUGUACAAAUGAUUUGUAAAGAAAAGCCACGACCUCUUCGUAAAGGAACAUCAGUAUCCAUUGUUAAUUUGAUAUCAAAAAUGUUAAGAAAACAUCCACUCUACCGGCCAAAGACAGAUCAAUUGGUCCUUUGUCCUUAUCUCGUACCUUUUAUUGCUCGAAUAUAUUUAAAUUUAGGACGAGUAUCAAAUAUUAUUGACAAAAAUAAUGAAAAUUUUAGUCCGGAUAUAUUUCUGAAAUUUUUAAAGCCACAAAAAAUGUGGCUAAUGUUAUUAAUAUGUUAUUGCCUUUAUUGGUUGACUUGUGCUUCUUCAUGGUAUCCUGUGAAUCCGAUACUCGGAGAGCAAAUAGAUCUUGUCAGUGCCGCAAACGAAAGUUUUAUUCUCAAUUGGACCAAGAGUGUAGAAAAUGAUGAAACCAAAGAUGUUUUUGAUACUUUUGAUACUAAUGAUGCCUUUAACUCAACACGAUUUCCGUUCAACUCCAUCGAUCGUGAUCAUGAACUUUCGGAUGAGGUAGAACGUAUCGAACCUAGACAUUGGCCAAUUAAACCAGAUAUUUUAUAUACUCGAACAAUUGCUCAUUCUACCACAGAAAUACCAUUUCCACGAAAUCCACUUAAUCCAUUCACUCUUACGCAAAGAAAUUCGUCAACACAAAGGUAUCCACCGGUCACAGUACCACUACCUACAGCAUCAGUGGAUGAAGUUUUUUGCGACUUUGGAUCAUUUCCAUCACAGAUACUUUGUGAGUGGCAAAAUGGUGAUAGUGUACUAGAUUGGGUAGCAGGAACCGGUAUGGGUACUAAUUGGAUGGGUGGUCCCCCAAGUGAUUACACCACUGGUACGAUGGAAGGAGGGUAUGCCUUUCUUGAAACGUCGCAGUUACCACAAAAAGACGGUAAGACGAAAACUCUAGGAGGACUAUUGCAUAGCCCUCAGUUAGGGAGCACAGGAGUUGUUGGAACUUGCAUCAUGUUCAAGUAUAGAAUGGAUGGACUCAGUGUCGCUGGUUUGAGGCUUUUACUUCAUGUAGGUACGGAUGAAUACUCUAUAAAAAAGGAACAAACCGAAGAAAUUACUCCAGAUAACACAACUAUUCCAUCUUGUAAGCCAUUGGAAAUUUUCGAGGAUCGUAUCAUUUGGAAUGCUCAGUAUUAUACUUUAGGUGUUUGGCAACAAACUCAAAUACUGUACACUUAUUCUGAAUUACAUUCGUUAAUCAUCGAAGGAAUUCCUGUGGAUUCUACUGAUCCAGCACGCCUAUACAGAGGCUACAUUGCCAUAGAUGACAUAGAUUUACAGCCAGGUACUUCGUGCAUUGGCUUUUGCAAUUUUGCUGGUGGAUUUUGUGACUGGGCUAAUGAUGCAGAGGAUGACUUUGACUGGACAAUCAGUCGAGGAAGUGGAAAUCCUACAACUGGUCCAGCGAUGGAUAGUUCAACAGAUCGUUCAUCAGCUGGGGGAUAUGCAUAUAUAGAUUCUUCAUUUCCACGUCGCCCAGGAGAUAGGGCACGACUCAUUAGCACAAGUUUUCCUCCAUCAGGUGCCGAUACACCUAUGUGUAUGCACUUCUGGUUCCACAUGUUUGGCUCUGGAAUUGGUACCUUAAAAUUGUUCGUACGUCAUUUUCGUAGUUUGGAUGCACCGUUUAGAGAAAUUUGGAGCCUGAACGGAAACGCUGGUAGUACCUGGUUUGUUGCUCAAAUUACGAUCAGUUCUCUGGAUGAUUUUCAACUUCUUUUUGAAGCAUCUGUAGGAAACACUGGAAUGGGAGAUAUUGCUAUCGAUGAUAUUUCUUUCACACAAGGAUCUUGUCCAACUCUACCUCAAGUUGCUGUACCGACACCACGAGAUUGUACCUUUGAGAUUGAUGAGUGUGAUUGGAUUAAUUCUCGAGAUCCUGAUCGAGUAGAAUGGGAAAGAGGGUCAGUACAAGUACUCAGUCCAAGAAACCAACGAAAAUUAUAUAGCAAUGGAUAUACAAUCAAUCGGAGAAAUGAAUAUUUCCUUGGUUUGGGCCGACCAAGGGGAGGACCUCGAUCAUCCGGAGGUGGGACAGCACAACUCGUUAGUCGUGAAAUGAAAGGCAGUGAGGAACCUUUAUGUAUUACCUUUUGGUACUUCAUGUUUGAAUCAUUUAUUGAUUCUACUGGAGCAAGUUUAGGGGUACUCCGUAUAUCUAUACAAACGAUCGAAGAAUCUUCAACUGAAUUUAGGCCAAUCUGGCAACUGUAUAAUAACCAAGGACCUACAUGGAAUUAUGCACAAGUCAGUAUAAAUGAAAAAAAAAGCUUUAAUGUAGUUUUUGAAGGUACUUGGGGUCCUAAUCGUGCUAGUGGCAGUAUUGGCAUUGAUGAUAUCUCUUUUUAUACUGGUAAUUGUUCUGUGAAACCAGCUAGUGCAUCUAUGAGACCAGAAGAUUGCAGUUUUGAAAAAGGAUUGUGUGGUUGGGAGAAUAUUACUUCUUCUGAAAACGAGCGUACAGUCACUUGGCAGCGCGCAUUUCUUGCUCAUCGUCCUGCUCAGUUAUUGGAUAAAACUUUCGGAGCAACCGGCGAUUUCGUUUUCUUUGACAUAUUUACUACAAAUAAACAAUCAAUAGAUGUACGACUUCGAUCUCCCAUAAUACAAACAUUGCCUGACGAAGAAUCUGUCUGUUUCACUUUUUGGUUUGCUGCCUUCGGUGUUGAAGAAUCUACAACGCUACAAGUUAUUAAAACAAAUAUCGACAAAGAAUUAAGCACCGACGAUGAAAAUGAUGGAAAUCAACAACCUUUAUGGUCAUUAACAGCAAAGGGAUUUAACAAUCCGAGACCUGUGUGGACUGCUGCACAAGUGACAAUAGAUACUCGUGUACCAUAUCGUCUUAUUUUAAGAGGAAGUGCUAGCAAUGGAGGUUUCGCGAUCGAUGACAUAAAAUUUCAACCUCAAACUUGCACAAUUCGACCAGCUGCUGCUCAAUUCGUUAGUAGUGGAAGUUAA